AUGGCGAGCAUGGCCUUGGCCUCGCUGCUCUCGGAGAAGAACCUGCCGCGCUUCCGCACCAAGCCCUGCGAGCGGCUGGUGGCCAAGGGCGAGUGCUCCUUCGGGGAGCGCUGCCAGUACUCGCAUGCUGAGCAACCUCGCCGAAAUCCUCGGAAGUACAGCUACUCCCCGGAGCUUUGCCCCAACGGCGUCCAUUGCCCCAGAGGGCUGGAUUGCCACAUGGCGCACACUCAGGAGGAGCAGCUGUACCAUCCCAACAUUUACAAGACGCGGCUCUGCAGCACGAGCUCCUGCCGAAGCUUCUACUGCCCCUUCGCUCACUCGGAGGAGGAGCUGAGAAAGCCGGCGGAGACCACCGAGGUGACACCAUGCCCGCAGCCCGGGGAGACUCGACUCGAGUCCGAGGGCACUGGCUGGUGGUUCGUCGGUGACCAGAAAGAUUUCCAGGUGUCCCCGACGGAGGUGGUUUCGGAGUUCCGGGGCCCCGGGCAAGAGAUCGCGGGGGGCGUGGUGCGCCCUGCCCAAAUCCUGGACCGCUGGAUUUCCGCACGGCCCACCCGCUGUGUGGCCAAGCUGCUGCCUACCUCACGGGGCGACAGCACGUUGGCCAACCAGGUGGUGAAGGAGACGAAGCGCUGGAUCACGCACGGCCGGUCCUCCGCGGUCCUGGUGCGCCGCACUGUGGCCACCACAGUGUUGGCCUUGCCGGAGCACCAGUCCUUGGGCUACGCUAUGGAGAGCUUGGGUGAAUGGGGCCUCCAGAGCCACAUCAUGCUGCUGGAUUGGGCCGCCAUCAGCCUGGCGGCCAGUUGGUUGCAGCAGAUCACCAAAAGCCUGAAAUCUCUGCAUGGCCUCAGCAUCGCGCACCUUUGCCUGGGUCCUGCCACCGUGGUGGUUGACCCCAAGAACGGGGAACUGCAGAUUGGGGACUUCCUCGGCAAGGUCCAGUUCAUGAAGUACUAUGAGAGCGGGUGGAGCCAGAAGGACGAGGCCUGGGCCAUGUGGUACCCUGCGGAGGUGCACCAUAAAAUCGCCCGCGCUGUCAGCCCAGGUGCCACCAAUCCUCCAUCGCAGCUGGAGCGAUCUUUGGACCAGUAUGCCAUUGACGCCUGGCAGCUUGGGGUCCUCGGGUUCUACAUCCUCACCGGUCAGCACCCCUUCGGCAGUAUGUCACAGCCUGCGAGCAUCUGCGCCAACAUCGAGGCCCACCACGUGAGCAACUGGCGCUUGAUGAAGGACUUCCCCCUCUUUGCGGACUUGCUGGGGCGGCUGCUGAAUCACUUCCCGGAGAAGCGGCUGAAGGUGUCGCAGGUCUUGGCGCAUCCCCUCUUCUGGAGCUUCGAGGAGGCCUCGGGCUUUGCGAAGCCCUUGCUGCUGGAGCGGCGGAGCGAGAGCUACUUCAAGCGCUGCGCGUGGCUUUGCCACCUGCCCUGCUUCGCUUCCUUCACCAAGCGUCCGCCGCCGUCUCCGCCGGCGAGCUUGCUCGCCAAGAUUUGCACUCAGUCGCUUGGCGGAGCACGGGCGCAGGAGCUGGCCUCACUUUUGCACCGGGAUCCUGAGCCCGCUCCCCCUGUGGACCUGGCCGCUGUCAAGGCCGGGUACCACGAUGCCUUCCACGCGGGCGCCCUGGCGGGCGCCGCCAACGUCUGCGCCGCGCUCUACGCCGCGGGCUUGGCUUGGCCCCCCCCUGGCCUGCCGCCGGGGCUGGAGCAGGAGGCAGGCCCAUGGCCAGAUGCAGGUUCUGGAUUCGAGCAUCAAGGCUUUGAGUACCAGGACGGCUUCCCGUCCUGGGAGCAGAGGCAGCCUCCAUCAGACUACCCUCGUGCUCCACCGCGCCCAGAGCAUCUCUUCCAGCCUGAGCGUUGGGAAUGCGGCGUCCUCUCCACGCAUCCUGGAACCCCGGAAACGGGGCCUGUACGGCCUUCCGCACUCACCCCGGAAAAGCCUGCGCAGAAGAGUUCCUCGCAGCGCUACGAAGACUUCCAGGAAGCCUUGGGGCCGCUGCUGGACUUGCUCCAGAAGUUCCAGGAUGAUGAGACGGAGCCUGUCCUUCGCGGAAAGAGCGGAUCCGGCACAGUUGCCAUUUGA